AUGGGAUGUGCUUUCAGCUUCCUGAAAAGCUGCGUUCAAAGUCGGACUAGCAAGUUAUUGCCAAACGUAAACGCUAUAAGCAACGACGAAAACGUCGAUACGCAACACAAUGAAAGUAAGAACUGCAUCCGUACUCAAGGUACCGUUUAUUUCAGCGAUUCAGAGCUCAACAGUCCAGAUCAAAACCGAAACCAAGUUGGUAAAGGAAAACCAGCGAUCGAGUCCGUUAACGGCGCAACGUACAACCUACAAAUACAGAUUCGCGAUUCCGGUAUUGUCCUGAUCGGUGAUAACAAUAACAUUGAUUUCCGCCAGCCAUCUGGAAAAGAUAUGCGGAGCAUGACAGAUAACCAUGUAAUCGUCGGGGAUAGAAACGAAAUUAAAGAGCCGUAUGAUAUGCCAUCGCCGGGAGUUGCACCUCAACUUGUAAAAGUGUUUAAGCAAAUGGCGUCAAUAGUCGAUAAGCUUCAUCCACUUCGAGACAAAGGGAAAUGGAAUGAAUUCGACCAGACUUUGAAUCAGCUCCAGUCAGAAUAUGAAAGCCUACCAGAGAUUAAUUGUUUUCUCGUGCUCGAGAGAUGUGUUGGGCUAACAUACAGAAAAAGAUUAGAGAAAGCGAGAAAAUUUGCGGAAGAUGCUUUACAAAUUGUAAAUAGUGAACUCGACGGACUGUCACGUGAAAUUUUGCAUCUGCUUGCACAUGUUGCUUUGGCAAGCAUAUUUCGGCGCGAAGGGCAGGAAGGGAAAAAGCUAGGAUGUGCGAGUGACUGCCUCGAAAACGCAAAGCAAAGCGGUGAAAAGUUGAGAGGAAUCAAUUUAACGAUUCCCAUAUAUGCUCUAGGUCUACUCGAUUACGAACAAGGGCGCCUUUACUCAGAAUUUGCCGAGAUGAAACCUAACGCCGAGAGUGCCAAAACAGAGGCACGCAGGCUUCUGGGCUUAUCCAUCGACUUUUGUCGAAACCUUUCGCAUGAAAAUCGUUUAUAUACAGCCAGGCAGCACUUUGCACUACUUGAUAUGGCGCGCUUAUCUAUUCCCAAUUCAUGUGCAUCGAAGAACUCAUCGGUGACAAAAACAAAAAAGUUCCUUGAGGAGUUCAGGCGAAGCCAUAAUCAAGUAAAAGACACACCUGUAGCUGCGAAUAUAAAGUACUUCAUGAUGGAGUCAAAACUUUGCUUUCACGCGGGGAAUUAUUGCAGAGCACGAGAACAUGCAGGUAAAGCUCUUAAUAUAGCAAAACAAUAUGGAUUUGAAUUGGAAAUUGGUCCAGCCCAAGAUCAGGUCGAUCUAUGUAUCUUCAGAGUAUCACAAGCCAAGCUACAGGUUAAAAAUAAUGCCCGCAGGUAG